AAUCCGUUUUUUUACAUGGGUCGUUUAAAAUAAUCUUUGUAUAAUUUAUAUAUAUGAUUUAUGCUUUCAGUUUUCGUGAAUCAGUCAAGAUAUUUUCCAAAUAUUUGUUUUUGUGAACAAUUAUUUUCAUGAUUUGAGUACCUUUUGCAAGUUUAAUUCAUUUCCGCCCUAUUUAUUGAAAUAAGGCAUUCAUUUUUUUUUUUUUUUUGUGAACUAGGAAAUUACUGAGAAAAACUACCGAAGAAAAAAUAAAAUUUUUUUUGUUAUUCCUAAACUUUCACAAAGAUUUAUUUUUACGACAUUAUCUUUUCAGAAAUUUCUGCUGAGAUAUAUUUUCGGAAUAUGGACAAAAUUAAUCAACUUAGGUACGCCUUUUUACUUAUGAUUCCUUGUAAUAAAUUUCCUAAAAAAUUUUAAGCCAUUUUUACAUUGUUUUUCCAAAGUGAUCAAGGAAGAAAAAAGACAUGUUCGAUUCCAUACAAAGCCCUUUUAAGGAGCUUUAAGCCAAUCAAAUCAUCAGAUUUUUUUAUGUCAGCCAGAUCUUUAUUAGAUUGUAAUGAACCAUAUAUAUUAAAUUUAUAAUAGUAAGGCAAGAACCAAUGAGCUUUCAACUGGGAGAUGGGAUCUAUGAAACUUAAUUUGGGUCAUCUGAACUUGAUGAAAAUACCUGAAUUUUAGAUUUUGGUGAAGAAUAAAUGGGGGAUUGAAGUAACUGCACAUCAAAUAUUUUGUUUGUUUUAUAGCUUGUAUAUUAAAGUAUGAGUUCUUUGGAAGAACAAACAGGAGUAACAAAGGUUCCAAAAUAUAUUGAUGGUUUGAGUUUCAAUGAUGCUGGACAAUUAGCUAUUGUUGCUUCAAAUCUGACAGGUAGAUGUUGGAAUGGUUUAUUGGCUGUAUUCAAUGAUGCAAAAUUCGCACCAAAUAUACCUCAUGUUGACUAUGCAACUCAGAACGAGGCUGGUUGUACGGAUAUUGAGUGGAUUGAUGAAAAGAGAAUAAUUAUUAGUACUGAUGCAGGGACCAUAGAAGUUUGGCAACUUGAGGAUGCCCCCAUACUUUCAAAUGAAAUUUUAUUGUCUGAACACAAUGAUAUUUGCUCAGCACUUAGCAUCAGUAAACAAUCAAAACAAGUUGCUAGUGCAAGUUGGGACAGUAGUAUAAAGUUGUGGGACCUGGAAGUUGACAUGUCUAUACACAGCGUGCAUUUGCACACUGAUAAAGUUCUUGAUAUUUUAUGGAAUUGUGCUACUCCUGAUGUGUUUGCGUCUGCAUCUGAAGAUGGUACUGUUAAAUUAUACGAUAAUAGAGGUACCGGAAAACCUGCAAGUUUGCUCGAUUAUCAAGCAAUAACACAUCCAAUGUCGUUGGACUGGGUAACUGAGGAAAAAAUUUGUAUUGGUUACAGCAAUGGAGAUGUUUCUAUGUUAGACACGAGAAACACUAGUCAGGAAAUAUCAAAGGUUAAAAUCCACAAAAAACCUAUACAUAAAAUACUAAUUAUUGAGGAUCAACAUCUUGCAUCAGUGUCAGAUGAUAUGACAGUAAAAGUCCAUAAAAUUGCUAAUUGGGAGAAUACAUAUUCUGAUUCUCGGCACACAGAUUAUGUCAGAGGUUUAACGUACCAAAAACAAGACAGGUCUCUUUGGACUUCUGCUUGGGACGGUUCUGUGCACUGUCACAAUAUUAAAAUAAAUGAAAAAAUGGAAUAGGUUAUUGUAUGACUUAUAAAUCAAACAUAGGUUAUCAAAUUAAUGUUUUCAAUUCGAUGUUCCAUAAUUAUGAAAAGUCUAUAUUUUAGUGGGCAUAACAAAUAAGAAAAUUACAAAGGAAGGAUUUUAUAGCUUUGCAAGCUUCAUAGAAAAAUCAUGUGUGUACAAAGAAUAUUAUGAAAAUAUUAUGUCUUAUGUCUUUUUUUUGCCCCUUGCCAUUAGAAAAGGGUUGGGCUUUUCCUAGGAUCCCUAGGUGAAUCAUGUUGAGAUUUUCAGUAUGUGUAUCAAUAUUUUUCAUGAAAUUAGUCAAAAUGGUUGAAAAAUAGGGGACUAACAAGAGAAACCAUAGUCUAUAUUUUAUUUACGUAUAAUCCACAAAUUCAAAAUCAUCUAUAGCUGAACAUCAUCAAGGCAUUUAAGGACCUCUUUUCAAAAGUUGUAACAUGUAUAAAAGUUUCGUUCAGAUUUGGGGUUUUACCAUCAAAUUAAUGAUGUAAGGAUUUGAAAUGUAGGGGGGGGGGGUCAUACUCCGGUGCUCCAAAUCAACAAGGUACACACUUUUUUUGCAAUAAAA